AUGCCAGCUAAAGGUAAAUACUUUUUCAACGAAAAUGACGACUGCAGGAUAUCAGACCCACUCUAUGAGAAGUACCGCUAUACAAGCCAGCAGCAUCCGCUCCUGCUAUUGCUGCUCUUCAUUGCAAUCAUCUUCUGGACUACUCUAAUUAUAAUCUUUUUUGUCACUGCUGAAGCACAUUAUCAUCUUGCCUUCAUUAUUGCAGUAUGUGCUGCUCUUGUCAUAUUUGCAGUCAUGUACUUACUUUUAUGUAUUGAAUCCCUGUUUCGGAGCUGGCUAACAUUAUUUGGAGUUAUGAUUUGGAUUUGCUUCUUAAUCAUAGGAUAUGUAUCUCUUUUUGAAAAAGAAAAUGAUUAUCAACUGUGGGAACAGGUGCCAUUCUUUCUAUUCAUAAUCUUCACAGUUUAUACCAUGCUACCCUUUGGGAUGAGAGGUGCUGUCAUAAUUAGUGUUCUUUCUGCUCUCUCCCAUAUUAUUGUUCUAAGCACUGUGGUAAGCAUGACUUCUCAGGAAAAUAAGGAAUCCAUUCUAUUUCAGCUACUUGCCAAUGCUGUCAUUUUUCUUUGUGGUAACUUGAUGGGUGCAUUUCACAAACGCCAAAUGCAGGUUGCUUCGUGGGAUUUGUAUAGAUACACAUUAAAGUGCAUUCAGGUCCGAAUGAAAUUGAAGAUUGAAAAGAGGCAACAAGAAAAUUUGCUUUUAUCCAUACUGCCAGCUCAUAUCUCUAUGGAAAUGAAGCUAGCAAUCAUAGAGCGACUAAAGGAAACUAAUGAUAAUAGGCAAAUGCAUGACAACAACUUCCACAGUCUAUAUGUAAAAAGGCACCAAAAUGUUAGCAUUCUUUAUGCAGACAUUGUAGGAUUCACUCGCCUUGCCAGUGACUGCUCUCCUAAGGAACUAGUAGUGAUGCUGAAUGAACUUUUUGGAAAGUUUGAUCAGAUUGCAAAGGAGAAUGAAUGCAUGCGAAUAAAAAUCCUGGGAGACUGUUACUACUGUGUCUCAGGCCUACCUGUGUCCUUACCGGUUCAUGCCAGGAACUGUGUUAAAAUGGGACUCGACAUGUGUGAAGCAAUAAAGCAGGUGAGAGAAGCCACAGGAGUGGAUAUCAACAUGAGGGUUGGUAUUCAUUCUGGGAACGUGCUGUGCGGUGUGAUCGGCCUCCGGAAGUGGCAGUAUGACGUCUGGUCGCACGACGUGUCCUUAGCGAACCGCAUGGAGUCCGCGGGCGUACCUGGCCGUGUACACAUCACUGAAGCAACAUUAAAUCACCUAGGCAAAGCUUAUGAAGUAGAAGAAGGGAAUGGACACCUGAGAGAUCCUUACCUUGAAUCCAUGAAUAUCAAAACCUACUUAGUGGUUGAUCCAAGGUCCAAACAAUGCGUAUCAAAUAAUCAUCUCCCUAAAACAAGAGUUAAUGAUGGGCUGAAGAUGCGAGCAUCUGUUCGGAUGACACGUUAUUUAGAGUCCUGGGGAGCAGCCAGGCCCUUUGCCCACCUGAACCACAGAGAAAGUGUGAGCAGUGACUCUUCAAGUUCACUGGGAAGGCGAAGAAAGGAAAUACCUUUGUGUUCCACGGGGCGCCAGAGAACUUCUGAUAGAAAUUCAUCUCAGAAGGGAAGGAUAGAGGAAGAUAUUUAUGAUGAAAUGAUGUCAACCAUUGAGGGCCUCAGUUCAACUAAUCCGUGGUGUGGCAAAUCGGAUGACUUCUGUGGAUUUUCACUGAUUUUUGCAGAACCCGGUCUUGAAAAAGAGUAUCGCACCAUUCCUAUUCUAAAACUGAAGAGUUACUUCGCAUGUGCCAGUUUUGUGUUCCUCUGUAUAUUUCUGAUACAGAUGUUUAUAAUGCCAAAAACUGCAAAACUAGGAAUUUCCUUUGGCAUUGUUGCAGUCAUCAUUGUACUUAUUUUGUUUGUGUGCUUUGCUGGGAAAUGUAUGAAGUGCUGCUCAGAACAGUGGCCUUUCCUGCGCCAUAUUUGUGCUGUCUCAGAAAAGGUGGAAACAAUGCCUUUACUUAGACUUCCUUUAGCAGUCAUCACUAUAGGUGCUUUGUUGAUUAUAGCCAUUUUUAAUUUGACUACUGAAAAGAACAAACCUGCAAACGUUACGGGAUCAAAUGACCUGUGUGCUACCACGUAUCUUUUUGGAAACACAACUCAAUCCUGCGUGGAGGAAACUUAUUAUGCUUACUGCUGCAUAUUGGGGUUCAUUGCUUGCUCGGUAUUUCUUCAGAUGAGCUUCGAACUCAAAGUUCUCCUCCUGUCCAUUGCUGUGACUGUAUACCUCAUCAUUUUUAAUAACCUUCAGCAUAGAAACUUGAGCUUCUAUGACAACAGUACCAGGCUUUUCAUCAAAGAGCCAAGGAUAAUGACUAAUUUAUAUCUGGUUCUGUUCUACAUAACCCUAAUUUUACUUGCAAAACAGAUUGACUAUUACUGUCGACUGGAUUGCCUGUGGAAGAAUAAGUUUAAAAAAGAACAUGAACAGUUUGAAACUAUGGAGAAUGUUAACAGACUUUUGCUGGAAAACGUACUUCCAGCACAUGUUGCUGCCUAUUUCAUUGGUGAAAAACGAAAUGAGGACUGGUACCAUCAAUCUUAUGACUGUGUCUGUGUCAUGUUUGCAUCAGUACCAGAUUUUAAGGUGUUUUAUACUGAAUGUGAUGUCAAUAAAGAAGGCCUGGAAUGCUUGCGGCUGUUAAAUGAAAUCAUUGCUGAUUUUGAUGAGCUCUUGUUAAAACCUAAAUUUAGUGGUGUUGAAAAAAUAAAAACCAUUGGAAGCACUUACAUGGCAGCAGCUGGUCUCAGUGUUACGCCAGGCCAAGAGAACAACCAGGAUAAGGAAAGACAGCAUGCUCACAUUGGUAUUAUGGUGGAAUAUGGAAUCGCCUUGAUGAGUAAACUGGAUGGCAUCAACCGACAUUCCUUUAACAAUUUCCGCUUACGUAUUGGGAUAAAUCAUGGCCCUGUGAUUGCUGGUGUGAUUGGUGCCCGGAAACCUCAGUAUGAUAUUUGGGGCAACACUGUUAAUGUAGCAAGCCGAAUGGAGAGUACGGGGGAGCUUGGGAAAAUCCAGGUUACAGAAGAAACGAGUAAAAUACUACAGGAGUUGGGAUAUUCAUGUGAAUGUAGGGGACUCAUUAAUGUCAAAGGCAAGGGAGAACUGAGGACUUACUUUGUUUGCACCGAGACUGCCAAAUACCAAGGUAUGGGGCUGAACUGA